AUGAGUGGAGAUGCUAAAUUGUUAGAUCAUUAUAAACUGUCAAAGGUUUUGACAGGUCAUAGAAAAGAUGUUCGGUCGGUGUGUACUACCUCUGAUCAUCGUGUGGUAACUGGAUCGCGUGAUAAUACAGUGCGUGUGUGGGAUCUAUUCAAGACGGGCACAGAGAUACCUUCGAUCGUGCUGACAGAACACCAACACUUUGUCGGUGCACUCACACCCCUCAAACCAAACGAUCAGAUCCAGCGAAUGUUUGCAUCCGGUGCCAACGAUAAAUGUAUCUACGUAUGGGAUUCACAGUCAAUCUCAAGAGAUCAAAACCUUGCCAAUAAACUUCCAUCUCUACUCCUCAGUGGACAUACCGACACCAUAUCAUCGCUUGGUUCAACAUCAGACGGACUUGUCAUCUCUGGUAGUUGGGAUAAGACUGUAAAGAUAUGGAAUAAUGCAGACUGUGUUCAGACUCUAGAGAAACAUGAGGCUGCUGUAUGGGGUGUUCUAGGUUUGCCAAAUGGUAAUAUAGUGACUGCUUCUGCCGAUAAGAAGAUUAUCGUUUGGCAGAGAGAUCAGACGAACCCAGAGAAAGUAGAGUAUAAGAGUUUGAAUGUUUUGACGAAACACACCGAUUGUGUGAGAGGAUUGGCUUUGAUUCCGGAUUUUGGAUUCGUUUCGUGUGGAAACGAUGGUUUGAUUGCCGUUUGGACGUUCUCCGGUGAGUUGAUCGGCGAGAUGACCGGUCACAGUGGAUUCGUCUACAACGUCGCCGUCGUUCCCAACUUUGGUUAUGUCUCUUGCAGUGAAGAUCGUUCCGUCAAGAUCUGGAAAUCCGACGACAACAGCUGCCACCAAACCAUCGCUCACCCCUCGGGAGUAUGGUGUGUCGCCACUCUUGCCAACGGUGACAUUGUCACUGGUUGUGCUGACGGUGUCGCGCGUGUCUUCACACGAAAUCCAUCGCGUGUCGCCGUCGCCGAACUCAUCGAGCAAUUCCACCAGUCUGUAGCAGCACAAGAGAUUCCAGCUGACAAUGUCGGUGACAUCAAGCUCAAUGAGCUGCCAGAGGUUGGCGUACUCGUUGGCACCGCCGGAAAGAAGGACGGCGAGAUGAAAGUGGUGAGAAACGGCAAGGUUGCAGAAGCGCAUCAGUGGUCGGAAUCGGAGCAGCGUUGGAUCAAGAUUGGCGAUGUCAUCGACUCGAAUCAAUCGAAAUCGAAAGCACUACUGAACGGUGCCGAGUACGACUACGUCUUUGACAUCGACGUCAACGAAGGAACCAUGUACAAAAUCGGUUACAACAACGGACAGAACCCAUAUACCGUCGCCCAAGAAUUCCUCUGGAAGAACGACCUCGACCAAUCUUGGCUUGAGGAGAUCGCGCAGUUCCUCAUUAAGAAUGCCAACGCACCUGCCAACACUAUCGGUCCACAAGAAUCCACAUUCUCUGACCCGUUCACCGGUGGUAAUCGUUACGUUCCAGGUACUACUCCAUCUCAUCAAAUGGACAUGUCAUUACCAUCUGGUAGCGGUGGUGGUAGCGGUCAACAGCAACAACAACAAACAACAGCUACUUCCGAUCUAUCUAAUUUAGCUUCUAAAUUUGGUCCGGCACCAACUGCCGAUGUACAAUCUACCUCUUACAUUCCACACGGAACGUUCACAUACUUUGAUGCAACCAACUCUGCCAAUCUCGUACCAAAGCUUCUUGAGUACAACACCGAACUCCUCGCCAACCCAGACACUGCCAAGAUUGCACUGAACAUCGAUGAGAACGAAGACAACAUUCUCAAGAGCAUAUUGAACACCCUCAAAGAAACCUCUAGAUAUCACUCAUCAAACUUCUCAGAUGCUCAAUACAAAGUAAUCAUUAAACUAUUUAAAUGGCCAACCGACAAGUUAUUACCAUUGUUGGAUAUUAUAAGAGUUAUGGUAUAUCAUCCAAAUGCAAAUAAUACCUUUGAAAAGAUGAUCACUAUGAGACAAUUCAAUAUCUUUGAUGCAUUAUUUAGAAUACCGGCAACAGAUAAUAUCAAUACCCAGAUGAUGAUCUCCUAUUCAACUUUAUUAUUAAAUUUAUCUGUAUCAAGUGUAUAUAAUAAGGAUACAAUCAAAGUCGAUGUUGUAGAUCUUUUAAUUCGUUCGUUGGAAUCAAUGAUCUUGAAAGAGAUUGAUCAUGUCGAUGUAUUGGAGAGAGCAACACUUGCAUUAGGUACAUUGUUGAUUACCUUUAGAGAUAGAUCUAAAGCAAUCAGUGACAAGGAGAUCCUUGCACAAAUCAUUAGAACCAACAUUCAAGCUACUCCUAAAUUCAAUCAAAUCGGUGAAACCACUCUCAAGCUCUUACAAUAA